GAUCUCUCCGUGUCUUUGUUCACUUAUUAUCACUCAUUUUAUAUUUCGGUAUUUUUGCUUUUAUGUAACUUAAAGAAAAACAGAUGUCAAAUAUAUCUCCCUCAGUUCCCUCUCUAUUGUCAAAUUCUAUUGAGUCAGAGGUCGAUCGAACUUUAUAUGUUGGAAAUAUUGAUGAAAAAGUCACUGAAGAUUUGUUAUAUGAAUUGUUUGUUCAGGUGGCUGGUCCGCUUGAAUCAGUCUGCAUACCACCCUCGAAAGAAAAUGAAAGAAAGAAAACAUAUGCAUUUGUAUGUUACAAACAUGCCUGUUCCGUCCCCUACACUAUUCAGAUAAUGACUGGAGUACAGUUAUUCGAUAAAACAUUAGCUCUUCAAUAUCGACCUCAGUCAAUUCACGCAAGAUUUGAAAGAAAUAGUCAGUCGUCAUUGCAAAGAUCUUUCUCCGCACCAGGUGUUCAAUUUCAUCAAAACUCUCCUAUGCAUGUCACUCAACUUCAAGCCUUCAAUAAUUCUUUUCGAUCAGUGAUGCUAGGUUCUCAGACCGUGAGGGAUGAACAAAGGGACCGAGAUUAUCGAUCAUACGAUGAAGAUAGAAGAUCGAGGGAUAAUAAUAGAUAUAGGGAAAGAGAUAGAUCAAGAAGCAGAGAAAAUCGCUAUCACAGAUAUUAA